AUGGGUGUGAUGCCGAGGUCUCCGCAGGGUUCGUCUCGUGUUCUGGGAAAUUCGGGGCGGGUCCUGUCAGCUUGGUAUCAGAGCUUAAGUUCAAUUUCUUGCGGACCCCGCACCUUGUGUGCAUCCUUAAGUUGUGGGAUCAUGAUGGGUUCCGUCAUGGGACGUCAUCAUUUUGACUCGGCGGACUUCUUUGACAUGGAUGGAUUUAGGGUAUUGAUGAGUACACUUAAGGGUGCCACGUUCCUAGAAACGUGUCUAUCCAAAUUGUCGUAUCUCAAUAUCCUAUGGAAGGAAAUGGAAGAGCUGAAAGUGUUGAAUCUGCUGAGAUGA